AUGAAACAGGCCCUUAGAAGAGUAACAUCACCCUCGACGCUUACUAGCGAGUGGUCGAGUAGGCUAGAGAUAUCCUUCUAUUUACCUCAGAAAACUCUCAACUAUAUGAUAACGAUUUAUCGAGGACCCAUAGAUUAUGUUUUCUUAGACAUAUCGUAUUUCAACAAUCUCGACUUAUAUGAACAUCUGAAGAACAAAAACUUGGGUGCUACAUUUACUGAAAUAUCUAAGCAUGCAAAAGGUUCUCAAGAGCAGACCUUCUUUGACCACUCAAGAAACCAGGGAGCUAAUAAUCCAGAAUGUGAGGUAGCUCUGAUCAUGUACAAUGCCUCCUCUUAUCCAGGGUUCGACGUCCAAUGUAUCCAUUGGACAAGAGAGGUGAAUCAAGUUUUAGCUAUCUUAUCAUCCUUAGUCUUCAAUGGCAAUAAUGAAAAGCAAUACACCAUGGUGCAAGGUCUUGCAGAGGCUCUAGCGAUGUUUCCAAGGCCAUCUAAUAUCAUGACAACUGAAGAAUACUAUAAUGGGACAAGACACUGUAUUCUUGUAGCAGCUAGAGAACCCACUCCUAGGAGAAUGCCUGUCUCUGUGCCUGAGUUCCAAGGAAGAACAAUUGGGGCACGAGUUGUUACUUUAAAUGCUGAUUUUUUUGAGGUGGCAGAAAUGUUUGGACCACUAGCAACUUCCCUUUCAAUAAUAUCCCCAGUGCAGCAUCCAAUCUUUGAAGUGAUAUACAAUAUGGGGGAUAAUGGUUCUCCACUGGAAACCACUCCCAUCCCUAAUAUUAGAAUUGGUCAGUUUCAUGUUUUAUUGGCAAGGAAUUUUACUGAGGCACAUGUUGCCCUUCGUGGGAAAGGAAUAAUGGAUCCACCCACGGUUGAUAUCAGAGAUUUUGCCAACGACAAUCAAGGUUCUCUUCCUCUCUCUCUAUCUGAGACUGUAAACCCACUGUCCCUAGUUGUCCCAAAUGUCUCAACCAGUGCAGUUGGCAUGUCAACUCCACCAGUGUUUUUUUCCAAUGCACCAACUUCCACAGCUAGAGAAGGGUCUUCAAAAGGAUUAGUUCAAGAAGAAAGAGGGAAGGGUGUGCUUGCAGGAAGCUCACAAACCUGUUCAAUGACCACAACAUUUGGAGUAGGUAUGGCUGAUCCAAGGGUUUCUCCACCAGCUGACUAUGCCAUAUUCCUUCAUUCAGGUGGAAACUCAUUCAAUGCUCAACCCUACUUUUCACCACCAAUGCUUCCUUCUGUCACUACUAGUCGUAGUAGCAGCAGCAGCAUUAGACGCCUACGUCUUCCAUACCAUGCGGCAGGGAUAGAUUACUAUGGUAGACCUAUGCUUCAACCAACUGUUGUUCCUCCUGCACCCACAAUACCUCAAUUCAAUCCCACUGAUUUUUGGCCUCUGCAACCAUCUGCUACAAAUUCUCAAGACCUCGUGCUAGCAUGGGAGGGAACUUUGAUUGGAAAAACGCAUAGGCAGCGCAAAAACAUUCAGAGAGGAACGCUGAACGUUUCUCCUUUUUCUGCCAUUAAACAGGCUCACAGAAGAGUAACAUCACCCCCAACGCUUGUUAACGAGUGGUCGAGUAGGCUAGAGAUAGAUUUCUAUCUGCCACAGAAAGCUCUGAACUAUACAAUAACGAUUUCUCGUGGACCCGUGGAUUAUGUUUUCUUCCACAUGUUGCAUUUCAACAAUCUGGACUUGGUACUACAUUUAUUCAAAUGGGUUAAGUAUGCAAAUGCCUCCGAAUCCGAAGAGAAGAUAAAACUGCAAUUUAAAGGAGCUGGACUGGAAUUCAAAAUAGCAUUAAAAGGAGAGAUAAAGCUUUUACUAGUAGCAUAG